GUGCGGCGGCGGCGGCAGCCAGAGAGCAGGUGAAGCUUUGUUCUAAGAUUAUUUGUUUCGUCUAGUUCAUGAACUCAAAUCAUAAAGACCCUAAAUGUUACAGAAGUGUUGAAAGAUUGCUCGGUCAUGAGCACUGACAGUAACUCAUUGGCACGUGAAUUUCUGACCGAUGUCAACCGGCUUUGCAAUGCGGUGGUCCAGAGAGUGGGGGCCAGGGAGGAAGAAGAGGAGGAGACACACAUGGCAACCCUUGGACAAUACCUUGUCCACGGCCGAGGAUUUCUGUUACUUACCAAGCUAAAUUCUAUUAUUGAUCAGGCAUUGACAUGUAGAGAAGAACUCCUUACCCUUCUUCUAUCACUCCUUCCACUGGUAUGGAAGAUACCUGUUCAACUAGAAAAGGCAACAGAUUUUAAUCUACCGUUCUCAGCUGAUAUAAUCCUGACCAAAGAAAAGAACUCAAGUUCUCAAAGAUCUACUCAGGAAAAAUUAUAUUUAGAAGGAAGUGCCCCAGCCAGUCAGGUUUCUUCAAAAGUAAAUGUUUUUCAACAAAGCAGACGACAGCGUAAAACUACCCAUCGCUAUUCUGUAAGAGAUGCAAGAAAGACGCAGCUCUCCACCUCAGAUUCAGAAGUCAAUUCAGAUGACAAAAGUAUAGUAAUGACUAAGCAUAGAAGGUCCCAUCCGCUGCAGCAUUUUGUAACACAGUCUCCUAAAGAAGACCACCUUACAGCUAAGCUUGACCACUUAUCAACCAAAGAACAGACCCCUCCUGAUACCAUGGCUUUGGAAAAUUCCAGAGAGAAGAUUCCAAGACAGGAGUCAAACACUGACAUUUUAAGUGAGCCAGCGGCCUUGUCUAUCAUCAGUCACAUGAACAAUUCUCCAUUUGACUUAUGUCGUGUUCUGUUAUCUUUAUUAGAGAAAGUUUGUAAGUUUGACAUUACCUUGAAUCAUAAUUCUGCUCUAGCUGCCAGUGUAGUGCCCACGCUGACUGAGUUCCUAGCGGGUUUUGGGGACUGCUGUAAUCUCAGCGACAAUUUGGAGAGUCGGAUGGUUUCUGCAGGUUGGACUGAAGAACCGGUGGCUUUGAUUCAACGGAUGCUUUUUCGAACAGUGUUGCAUCUUAUGUCAGUAGAUAUUAGUAUGGCAGAGAUGAUGCCAGAAAGUCUUAGAAAAAAUUUAACGGAAUUACUUAGAGCAGCUUUAAAAAUUAGAACUUGCCUAGAAAAGCAGCCCGACGCUUUUGCACCAAGACAAAAGAAAACACUACAAGAGGUUCAGGAAGAUUUUGUGUUUUCCAAGUAUCGCCAUAGAGCGCUUCUUUUACCUGAGCUCCUAGAGGGAGUUUUACAGAUCCUGAUCUGUUGUCUUCAAAGUGCAGCUUCAAAUCCUUUCUUCUUCAGUCAAGCCAUGGAUCUGGUUCAAGAAUUCAUUCAGCAUCAUGGAUUUCAUUUACUUGAAACAGCAGUUCUUCAAAUGGAGUGGCUGGUUGUAAGAGAUGGGGUUCCUCCUGAGGCCUCAGAACAUUUGAAAGCCCUCAUCAAUAGUGUGAUGAAAAUAAUGAGCACUGUCAAAAAAGUGAAAUCAGAGCAACUUCAUCAUUCAAUGUGUACAAGAAAAAGGCACAGACGGUGUGAAUAUUCCCACCUCAUGCAUCACCACAGAGAUCUCUCAGGUCUGCUGGUUUCGGCUUUUAAAAACCAAGUUUCCAAAAACCCGUUUGAAGAGACGGCAGAUGGAGACGUGUAUUACCCCGAGCGGUGCUGUUGCAUUGCAGUGUGUGCUCACCAGUGUUUACGCUUACUGCAGCAGGCUUCCUUGAGCAGCACGUGCGUCCAGAUUCUCUCGGGUGUUCAGAACAUCGGCAUAUGCUGUUGCAUGGAUCCCAAAUCUGUGAUCAUCCCUUUGCUCUAUGCUUUUAAAUCGCCAGCCCUGAAAAACUGUCGGCAGCAUAUAUUAAAUAUUCUUAACAAACUUAUUUUGGAUCAGUUAGGAGGAGCCGAGAUACCACAAAAAACUAAGAAAGCAGCUUGCAAUAUUUGUACCGUUGACUCAGAUCAACUAGCCAAAUUAGAAGAGACCCUGCAGGGAAACGCAUGCGAUGCUGAACCUUCCUCAGGUUUAUCCAGUCCUUCUUACAGAUUUCAAGGGAUCCUGCCCAGCAGUGGAUCUGAAGACCUGUUGUGGAAAUGGGAUGCCUUAGAGGCUUAUCAGAGUUUUGUUUUUGAAGAAGACAGAUUAUGUAGUGUGCAGAUUGCAAGUCACAUUUCCAGUUUAAUCCAGAAAGGCAAUAUAGUUGUUCAGUGGAAAUUGUAUAACUAUAUAUUUAAUCCUGUGCUCCAAAGAGGAGUUGAAUUAGCACAUCAUUGUCAACAGCUCGACAUUACUUCAGCUCAGACUCAUGUAUGUAGCCAUCAUGACCAGUGUUUGCCCCAGGAAGUGGUUCAGAUUUAUUUAAAAACUCUGCCUACCCUGCUUAAAUCAAGGGUAAUAAGAGAUUUGUUUUUAAGUUGUAAUGGAGUGAACCAAAUAAUUGAAUUAAAUUACUUAGAUGGUAUUCGAAAUCACUCGCUAAAAGCAUUUGAAACUCUGAUAAUCAGCCUAGGGCAGCAACAGAAAGAUUCUUCAAUUCCAGGUAUUGAUGGGACAGACCUUGAACAGAAGGAGCUGUCAUCUUUAAAUGUCAGUACUUUGUACAACCAGCAAGCUUAUUCAGAUUCUCAGAGUCUUAGCAAAUUUUAUGCCCGCCUCAAAGAUGCUUAUCCAAAGAAACGGAAGUCUGUCACCCAGGAUGUUUAUAUCAACACGAUAAACCUCUUCCUCUGUGUGGCGUUCUUGUGCGUAAGUAAAGAAGCAGAAUCUGAUAGAGAGUCAGCCAAUGAUUCAGAAGAUACUUCUGGCUACGACAGUACAGCGAGCGAGCCUUUGCAACACAUGCUGCCAUGUUUCUCUCUCGAGAGCCUCGUCCUGCCCUCUCCCAAACACAUGCACCAAGCAGCAGACAUUUGGUCAAUGUGUCAUGGGAUCUACAUGUUGAGUCCAGUUUUCCAGAAACAGUUUUAUAGGCUUGGUGGUUUCCGAGUAUGCCAUAAAUUAAUAUUUAUGAUAAUACAGGAACUAUUCAGAAGUCCUGAAGAGGAGCACGGGAGAAAGGAGGGAGAUAUAAAUGUAGAAGAAAACCAAGAUUUACACAGAUCUUCUCAAUCUGAGGUCACUGUGAAGGAAGAUUUAUUAUCUUUGACUGUGAAAAGUGACCCCACACCUUCAGAACUCGGUAGUCUGAAAAAGAGUGCUGACCGUUUAGGUAAAUUGGAGUCACAGCCUAUUUCUUCCAUGAACGUGGAACAUAUUCCAGCCGCGGAAGCUGCUCCCGAGGAAGCAAAAGUAUUUAUGAAUCGAGAAAGCGAGACCUCACUUCAGGGCAUACGACUUUUGGAAGCCCUUUUGGCUAUUUGUCUUCAUGGCACCAGAGCUAGUCAGCAGAAGAUGGAAUUGGAGUUACCUAAUCAGAACUUGUCUGUGGAAAAUAUACUGCUUGAAAUGAAGAGCCAUCUUUCCAAGUCAAAGGUGAUUGAAACAGAAUUAGCAAAGCCUUUAUUUGAUGCCCUGCUUCGAGUUGCACUGGGGAAUCAUUCAGCAGAUUUUGAACACGAUGAUGCUAUGACUGAGAAGAGUCAUCAGUCUGAAGAAGAAUUGUCAUCCCAACCUGGUGAUUUUUCAGAAGAAGCUGAGGAUUCUCAGUGUUGCAGUAUUAAACUUUUGGUUGAAGAAGAAGGUUAUGAAGCAGAUACUGAAAGCAAUCCUGAGGACAGUGAAACCUGGGAUGAUGGGGUAGACUUAAAGCCUGAAGUAGAAAGUUUCAGUGCAUCAAGCAGUCCAAAUGACUUACUUGAAAACCUCACUCAAGGGGAAAUAAUUUAUCCUGAGAUUUGUACGCUGGAAUUAAAUUUGCUUUCUGCUGGUAAAGCCAAACUUGACGUGCUUUCCCACGUAUUUGAGAGUUUUUUGAAAAUCAUCAGGCAGAAAGAAAAGAAUAUUUUUCUACUCAUGCAACAGGGAACUGUGAAAAAUCUUUUAGGAGGGUUCUUGAGUAUUUUAACACAGACUGAUUCUGAUUUUCAAGCAUGCCAGAGAGUACUGGUGGAUCUUUUGGUAUCUUUGAUGAGUUCAAGAACAUGUUCGGAAGAGCUAACCCUUCUUUUGAGAAUAUUUCUGGAGAAAUCUCCUUGUACAGAAAUUCUUCUUCUGGGUAUUCUGAAAAUUGUUGAAAGUGACAUUACUAUGAGUCCUUCACAGUAUCUCACCUUCCCUUUGCUGCAUACUCCAAAUUUAAGCAAUGGUGUUUCAUCUUUUUCACAAAAGUGUCCCACGAUUCUAAACAGUAAGGCCAUGGGGUUAUUAAGAAGAGCACGAGUUUCGCGGAGCAAGAAGGAGGGUGACAGUGACAGUUUUCCCCAGCAGCUGCUUUCCUCUUGGCAUGUAGCCCCCGUCCACUUGCCAUUGCUAGGACAGAACUGCUGGCCACACCUGUCGGAAGGUUUCAGCGUUUCACUGUGGUUUAAUGUGGAGCGCGUUCACGAAGCUGAGAGUACCACAGAAAAAGGAAAGAAGACGAAGAAAAGAAACAAAUCGUUAAUUUUACUGGAUAGUAAUUUUGGUGGAACAGAGCACAACAGACCAGAAGGUGCAGAGUACGUGAGUCCUGGUGAAAGGCUCAUAGAGGAAGGCUGUAUUCAUAUGAUCUCAUUGGGAUCCAAAGCGCUGAUGAUCCAAGUGUGGGCUGAUCCCCACAGUGGCACUUUUAUCUUUCGUGUGUGCAUGGAUUCAAAUGACGAUACAAAAGCUGUUUUACUAGCACAGGUUGAAUCACAGGAGAAUAUUUUCCUUCCGAGCAAAUGGCAACAUUUAGUACUCACCUACUUGCAGCAGCCCCAAGGGAAAAAGAAUAUCCAUGGGAAGAUCUCCAUAUGGGUCUCUGGACAGAGGAAGCCUGAUGUUACUUUGGAUUUUAUGCUUCCAAGAAAAACAAGUUUGUCAUCUGACAGCAAUAAAACAUUUUGCAUGAUUGGCCAUUGUUUAUCAUCCCAAGAAGAACUUCUGCAAUUGGCUGGCAAAUGGGACCUGGGAAAUUUACUUCUUUUCAAUGGAGCUAAGAUUGGCUCACAAGAGGCAUUUUAUUUAUAUGCUUGUGGACCCAAUCAUACGUCCAUAAUGCCAUGUAAAUAUGGCAAGCCUGUGAAUGACUACUCCAAAUAUAUUAAUAAAGACAUUUUGCAAUGUGAACAAAUCAGAGAACUUUUUAUGACCAACAAAGAUGUGGACAUUGGUCUUCUAAUUGAAAAUCUUUCAGUUGUGUAUACCACUUGCUGUCCUGCUCAGUAUACCAUCUAUGAGCCAGUUAUUAGACUUAAAGGUCAAAUGAAAACACAACUCUCUCAAAGACCCUUCAGCUCAAAAGAAGUUCACAGCAUCUUAUUAGAACCUUAUCAUCUAAAGAAUCUCCGGCCCACUGAAUGUAAAACCCUUCAAGGCAUUCUGCACGAAAUUGGUGGAACUGGUAUAUUUGUCUUUCUCUUUGCUAGGGUUGUGGAACUCAGUAUCUGUGAAGAAACUCAAGCAUUAGCACUGAGAAUUAUACUCUCAUUAAUUAAAUACAACCAACAGAGAAUACAUGAAUUAGAAAAUUGUAAUGGACUUUCCAUGAUUCAUCAGGUGUUGAUCAAACAAAAAUGCAUCGUGGGCUUUCACAUUUUGAAGACCCUUCUUGAAGGUUGCUGUGAUGAAGAUAUUAUUCAUAUCAAUGAGAAUGGAGAAUUUAAGUUGGAUGCCGAGUCUAAUGCUAUAAUCCAGGAUGUUAAACUGCUAGAGGAGCUAUUGCUAGACUGGAGGAUAUGGAAUAAAGCAGAGCAAGGUGUUUGGGAAACUCUGCUGGCAGCCCUAGAAAUCCUCCUCAGAGCGGAUCACCAGCAGCAGAUGUUUAAUAUUAAGCAGUUACUGAAAGCUCGAGUGGUGCAUCACUUUCUACUGACUUGCCAGGUUUUGCAGGAACACAAAGAGGGUCAGCUUACAUCCAUGCCCCGAGAGGUUUGUCGGUCAUUUGUGAAGAUUAUAGCAGAAGUCCUUGGGUCUCCUCCCGAUCUGGAAUUAUUGGCAGCUGUCUUCAGUUUCCUUUUAGCAGCUCACCCUCCUACCAAUACUUACGUUUGCCAUAACCCUGCAGGCUUCUACUUUUCUUUGCACAUAGAUGGCAAGAUCUUUCAGGAGAAAGUGCAGUCAAUCAUGUGCCUGAGGCAUUCUAGCAGUGGAGGGAAGUCUGUUACUAGCCCUGGAUUUAUGGUAAUAAGCCCAUGUGGUUUUACUGCUUCGCCAUCUGAAGGAAACAAUUCCUCCAGUACUGUUCCACAGCAGAUGACUGCCAGCAUGUUACGUUCUAGAAGCCUACCAGCAUUUCCUACUUCUUCACCUCAAGUACAACCACGAAAAUUGACUGGAAGUUUGGGUUGUAGUAUUGACAAGUUACAAAGCGUUGUAGAUAAUGAUGUUGCUUCCCAACCAGAGAAAUGGAGCCCUCGGGGGAGUUCCGAGACGCUGAAGAAAGGCAAAGCAGAUGCUUUUGUCAGUAGCUGUGAGUCUGCAAAAACGGUUUGUGAAAUGGAAGCUGUCCUUUCAGCCCAUGCCUCUGUCAGUGGUGUCCCAAAAGGAACAUCGGGACUUCCAGCGGUCAAAGUAGAUCAGAAGGAGGUGGGAACAGAACCCAGAUCAGACGAUGACAGUCUUGGGGAUGAGUUCUGCCCACGCCGACCUGAUUACCUGAAGGGACUGGCCUCGUUCCAGCGAAGCCACAGCACUAUUGCAAGCCUUGGGCUAGCUUUUCCCUCACAGAAUGGCUCUGCAGCUGUCGGCCGGUGGCCAAGUCUUGUUGACAGGAACACCGAAGACUGGGAAAACUUUGCCUUUUCUCUCCGUUAUGAGCCAAACCACAACCGAACUACAAGUGCUCACAGUGUAACUGAAGACUGUUUGGUACCUGUAUGUUGUGGGUUGUAUGAACUCUUAAGCGGAGUUCUUCUCAUCCUGCCUGAUGUUAUGCUGGAAGAUGUGAUGGACAGGCUCAUUCAAGCAGAUACGCUGUUGGUCCUUGUUAACCACCCAUCACCUGCUGUACAACAAGGAGUUAUUAAACUAUUAGAUGCAUAUUUUAAUAGAGCAUCUAAGGAACAAAAGGAUAAAUUUCUGAAGAAUCGUGGCUUUUCCUUGCUAGCCAACCAGUUGUAUCUUCAUCGGGGAACUCAGGAAUUAUUAGAAUGCUUCAUUGAAAUGUUCUUUGGCCGACAUGCUGGCCUUGAUGAAGAAUUUGAUCUGGAAGAUGUGAAAAACAUGGGACUUUUUCAGAAGUGGUCUGUCAUUCCUAUUCUGGGACUAAUAGAGACCUCCUUAUAUGACAACGUGCUCUUGCAUAACGCUCUCUUACUUCUUCUCCAAAUAUUAAAUUCUUGUUCUAAGGUAGCAGAUAUGUUGUUGGAUAAUGGUCUUCUCUACGUGUUAUGUAAUACAGUAGCAGCUCUGAAUGGAUUAGAAAAGAACGUUCCUUUGAAUGAAUACAGAUUGCUUGCUUGUGAUCUGCAGCAACUUUUCAUAGCAGUUACAAUUCAUGCUUGCAGUUCCUCAGGCUCACAGUAUUUUAGAGUUAUUGAAGAUCUUAUUGUACUGCUUGGAUAUCUUCAAAACAGCAAAAGCAAGAGGACCCAAAAUAUGGCUGUUGCACUACAGUAUAGAGUUCUCCAGGCUGCUAUGGAAUUUAUAAGGACCACCGCAAAUCAUGACUCUGAAAACCUUACAGAUUCAUCUCAGUCGCCUUCUGCUCCCCAUCAUGCAGUAUUCCAAAAGCGAAAGAGCAUUGCUGGUCCUCGAAAAUUUCCCCUUGCUCAAACUGACUCUCUUCUGAUGAAAAUGCGUUCAGUAGCAAGUGAUGAACUUCAUAUGAUGAUGCAACGGAGAAUGAGCCAGGAGAAUCCUGUCCAGGCAACCGAAACAGAGCUUGCACAGAGACUGCAGCGGCUCACCAUUUUAGCAGUUAACAGGAUUAUUUAUCAAGAGUUUAAUCCAGACAUUAUUGACAUUUUGAGUACUCCAGAAAAUGCACCUCAAAGCAAGACCUCAGUUUCCCAGACUGAAAUUUCUGAAGAAAAUAUUUAUCAUGAACAGCCUGCUUUCAAUCCAUUUCAGAAAGAAAUGUUCACAUAUCUGGUAGAAGGCUUCAAAGUAUCUACUAGUUCAAGUAAAGCCAGUGGUUCCAGACAGCAGUGGGCUAAAAUCUUAUGGUCUUGUAAGGAAACCUUCCGAAUGCAGCUUGGGAGACUGCUCGUGCAUAUUUUGUCACCAGCCCACCCUUCACAAGAGAGAAAGCAAAUCUUUGAAAUAGUUCGUGAACCAAAUCAUCAGGAAAUACUACGAGACUGUCUUAGCCCAUCCCUGCAACAUGGAGCCAAGUUAGUUUUGUAUUUGUCAGAGUUGAUACAUAAUCACGAAGACGAAUUGACUGAAGAAGAACUAGACACAGCAGAGCUGCUUAUGAAUGCUUUAAAGUUAUGUGGUCAUAAGUGCAUCCCCCUCAGUGCAUCGACAAAAUCAGACCUUAUUAAAGUGAUUAAAGAGGAACAAAAGAAAUAUGAAACUGAAGAACAUGUGAAUAAAGCCAACUGGCAGAAAACAGUUAAUAAUAAUCAGCAAAGUCUCUUUCAGCGCCUUGAUUCAAAAUCAAAGGAUAUAUCUAAGAUAGCUGCGGAUAUCACCCAGGCAGUGUCUCUUUCCCAAGGAAUUGAGAGAAAAAAGGUGAUCCAGCACAUCAGAGGAAUGUAUAAAGUGGAUCUGAGUGCCAGCAGACACUGGCAGGAGCUUAUUCAACAACUGACGCAUGAUAGAGCAGUCUGGUAUGACCCCAUCUACUAUCCAACUUCAUGGCAGUUGGAUCCAACAGAAGGGCCAAAUCGAGAGAGAAGGCGCUUACAGAGAUGUUACUUAACUAUUCCAAAUAAGUAUCUCCUUAGGGAUAGACAAAAAUCAGAAGAUGUGGUCAAACCACCACUCUCUUACCUAUUUGAAGACAAAACUCAUUCUUCUUUCUCUUCUACUGUAAAGGACAAAGCUGCAAGUGAGUCUAUAAGAGUGAAUCGAAGAUGUAUCAGCGUCGCACCAUCUAGAGAGACAGCUGGUGAAUUGUUGUUAGGUAAAUGUGGAAUGUAUUUUGUGGAAGAUAACGCUUCUGACACAGUUGAAAGUUCCAGCCUUCAGGGAGAAUUGGAACCAGCAUCAUUUUCCUGGACAUAUGAAGAAAUUAAAGAAGUUCACAAGCGUUGGUGGCAAUUGAGAGAUAAUGCAGUAGAAAUCUUUUUAACAAAUGGCAGAACACUCCUGUUGGCAUUUGAUAACACCAAGGUUCGUGAUGAUGUGUACCACAAUAUACUAACAAAUAACCUCCCUAAUCUUCUGGAAUAUGGCAAUAUCACCGCUCUGACAAAUUUAUGGUAUACUGGACAGAUUACUAAUUUUGAAUAUUUGACUCACUUAAACAAACAUGCCGGCCGAUCCUUUAAUGAUCUCAUGCAGUAUCCAGUGUUCCCGUUUAUCCUAGCUGACUACGUUAGUGAGACCCUUGACCUCAGCGAUCCAUCAGUGUACAGAAAUCUCUCCAAGCCCAUAGCCGUGCAGUACAAAGAAAAAGAAGAUCGUUACGUGGACACAUACAAGUACCUGGAGGAGGAGUACCGCAAAGGAGCCCGGGAAGACGACCCGAUGCCCCCGGUGCAGCCCUACCACUACGGUUCCCACUACUCCAACAGCGGCACCGUGCUCCACUUCCUGGUCAGGAUGCCUCCUUUCACAAAGAUGUUUUUAGCCUAUCAAGAUCAGAGUUUUGACAUCCCAGACAGAACUUUUCAUUCUACAAACACAACCUGGCGUCUCUCCUCUUUUGAGUCCAUGACUGAUGUGAAAGAACUUAUCCCAGAGUUUUUCUAUCUUCCAGAAUUCUUAGUUAACCGUGAAGGUUUCGAUUUUGGUGUACGCCAGAAUGGUGAACGGGUUAAUCACGUCAACCUCCCGCCUUGGGCACGUAACGAUCCUCGUCUUUUUAUCCUCAUCCAUAGACAGGCUCUAGAGUCUGACUACGUGUCCCAGAACAUCUGUCAGUGGAUCGACUUGGUAUUCGGGUAUAAGCAAAAAGGGAAGGCCUCUGUCCAAGCCAUCAAUGUUUUUCAUCCUGCUACAUAUUUUGGAAUGGAUGUCUCUGCAGUUGAAGAUCCAGUUCAGAGACGAGCACUGGAAACCAUGAUAAAAACCUACGGCCAGACCCCUCGUCAGCUGUUCCAGUCGGCCCAUGCGAGCAGACCUGGCUCCAAGCUCAACAUCGAAGGGGAGCUUCCUGCUGCCGUGGGGUUGUUAGUGCAGUUUGCUUUCCGGGAAACCAGAGAACAGGUCAAGGAAGUUCCCUAUCCGAGUCCUUUGUCAUGGAUAAAAGGCUUGAAGUGGGGGGAGUAUGUCGGUUCCCCAAGUGCCCCAGUACCUGUGGUCUGCUUCAGCCAGCCGCACGGAGAAAGAUUUGGUUCUCUCCAGGCGCUGCCCACUAGAGCAAUCUGCGGUUUGUCCCGAAAUUUCUGUCUUCUGAUGACGUACAGCAAAGAACAAGGUGUGAGAAGCAUGAACAGUACUGACAUUCAGUGGUCCGCCAUCCUGAGCUGGGGAUAUGCUGAUAACAUUCUAAGGUUGAAGAGUAAACAAAGUGAGCCUCCAAUAAACUUUAUACAAGGUUCACAGCAGUAUCAGGUGACUAGUUGUGCUUGGGUACCGGACAGUUGCCAACUGUUUACUGGGAGCAAAUGUGGUGUCAUCACAGCCUACACAAACAGAUUCAUGAGUGGCACGCCUUCAGAGAUAGAAAUGGAGUCUCAGAUACAUCUCUAUGGGCACACAGAAGAGAUAACCAGCUUAUUUGUCUGCAAACCAUACAGUAUAAUGAUAAGUGUGAGCAGAGAUGGAACCUGCAUCAUAUGGGAUUUAAACAGGUUGUGCUACGUACAAAGUCUGGCGGGACACAAAAGCCCUGUCACAGCCGUCUCUGCCAGUGAGACUACAGGUGACAUUGCCACCGUGUGUGACUCAGCUGGCGGGGGCAGUGACCUCAGACUCUGGACAGUGAACGGGGACCUCGUUGGACAUGUCCACUGCAGAGAGAUCAUUUGUUCUGUGGCUUUCUCGAACCAGCCUGAGGGAGUAUCUAUCAACGUGAUUGCUGGGGGAUUGGAAAAUGGAAUCGUAAGGUUAUGGAGUACUUGGGACCUAAAGCCUGUGCGGGAAAUUACAUUUCCUAAAUCGAAUAAGCCUAUUGUAAGCCUUACAUUUUCCUGCGACGGCCACCAUUUGUACACAGCAAACAGUGAUGGGACCGUGAUCGCCUGGUGUCGGAAGGACCAGCAGCGCCUGAAACAGCCAAUGUUCUAUUCCUUCCUCAGCAGCUAUGCAGCGGGAUGAGUGAGAACCUCGCAUUCUGCAAGGCACUUUAACUCCAAGCUAGAUUUGCCGACUUCGCCAGUUACAGGAGGUCAAACCCGAAGAACUGGAUGACCAAACAAACCAUCCAAGUAAUGAUAAAGUCUAUUCAUCUGCACGAAAUUCUGCAGCCUCACGAGGUCCUGAGAGGAAAGUAUUGUUUAGUGAUGACCUGGAGGGUGUGUCAGUAUGCACUAACCAACAAGGUUUAAGUGUGGCACAGUAAAUUAAAAUCAUAUUCCUAAAGGUUUUUUUCCAUAGAGGAUUCUAAAGAAAAGAUGAGCAUCUCUCUAUUUCUGUUUUCUAUUACUUUCUAUUUUCUAUUAUUCCAAAAAAGCCAGUAGGAUUUAAAUUGGUUAGCUGUUUGUAUAAAAUGCUCUAAAGAUUAUAUUUUAAAAGCUUUCUGCCAAGAUAACACACCCACCCCACUCCCCCCAAAAAAGGAAAGAUAAGGAGAAAGAAUUCAGGACUUGAUCAUUGCUUUCUUUGAGAAGUAUGUAAUCCAGUAGGUGCCUCUGCACCAAAGAUUUUUUGGAAUAUCUGAAUAUUUGAAUCUCAGUGUUAGGCAGUUUUUGCCUGUUGCCUUCUUAGCUCAAAGUAGAACCAGAAUUUUUUGACAGUCACAAACAACAACACAAGUAUCUUUGAUUUUCAGACACAUUCUGUUUCUUCAUAAAAAUCCUACUUAAAAUCCAUAACACUAGAUAUGGAAUAUCCUUAGUUGAGUCACUAAGAUUUAAACACAGUGAUAAUUCUUUUAAUAUCUGCCAUUUACAGAGCAUUAAAUACUUAACAAUUUGCAAUAGAAAGCCUCCAUUUCAGAAAAAGUUUGCACAUAUAUUAAUAAUGCAGUCCAGUUAAGGCAUUUAAUCUAAUAUGCAGGAGGAGUUUUCUUCCCCAAAACAGAAUUACAAAAGAAAAGGACACAGCUUACUUCGUUCUAAACAGGAGGCAGAAUAAUUCUUUUAGGAAGCAGUUUCCACUGUUUCUACUAACCUAUACCACUUGAGAAUUCUAGGAACAAUAGAAAAAUCUGUGUACUCCACAGCAAACUUACACAUGAUAAAGACAGAAUUCCUAAAACUCCUGGAAUAGUCUAUCAUGAUAUUAUGGCUCUAUUUUUACUUGGGGUGCUGCUUUAUUGGCUUUGAAAACACUGUAAAAUAAGCUGUUACCAUGAGAUACAAAGAUGUAUUCCUGCCUAAGAAUUACUUGUGUGUUUGUUAUGGAAAUUUAAUUCAUAUGGUGUUUACAGAACUACUUUUGUAACUUCCAGACUUUCUAAAACAUUCUGCUUAAAAACUGUAUAAAAUGCAAUUGCAAAGUCUCUGCUGUCGAGGUAAAUACAAGAGGAAGCAAGUGGCUACGUAUGCUCGUAACCUUCAGUUGCAUACAUAGGUAAGAGCACUUCACGGCUGCACUGAGAUCAUGGUUUGCACAGACCACCUAUUAAUUCUGAGGUCCAAAUAGGUGCAGAGAUGAGACUAUUCCUAUUCACGUUGAAGUGAUUUGCUUUGUUUAAAAAAAAAAAAUCGCAGCUAUUGUCUAACUUUCAUUUUUCUACUGAGAACUUUACAUUAGUCCCUUAUUAGAAUAAGGUUGCUACUCAGUCUUUUUUUUUUUUAAGGCUGAAUUUCAUCAUUUAUCUAAAAAGAAAAUAUGCAAAAUGACUGGUCUUGUUAAGAGUGCAAUAUUAUAUUUUUAUGUAAAAAUAAAAAUGAAAUUGGGGGGAUUAUUUAUUCAGCAUGAAACUUAAUAUGUAUAUGUUUGAAGCACUUCAUAAUAUGCAUGUUGUAGCAAAUAUUUCUGUAAACUAUCACAAGCUCUGUUACCUUUGUACACACUGCCACUUCACAGUGGGGAUAAAUUUCAUAAAAAUAGACUUGAGGACCUAUUCUCAUUGCAGUUUAAAUAUUAUGACCAGAUCUCAAACUGGUGGCUGUUUUUGGUAACCCAUAUAGUUUCUCUCUUUAGCUCCCCUAUAAAUUUAUGUCACUAGAAAA